GAAAGAGCAAAGGGUAAAAGAAGUGCACGUGACUUGGGAAAUGCUUUGGAGUCUCCCCAAAGAAGUCUAGCGAAGGAAAAGUCAUGCCCACCUUCUGAACUCUCAGACGUACUUUCCCGAUCACCGGAGUUUUACACAUUCCACCGGUGCCAAAUAUCUGAGUAUGUUGAGUGAUUAUAUCUGGGAGUGUCAAGGCUUGUGCAAUUGCGAUUCUAUAGUUUGCGCUGCAUAAAAGUUACGAGAUGAGAAGUCUUUUUCGCAGUGGCCACAUCCGAAAAGCGAACAGCAUGAUGAGGCUUAUACUAACUACUUUUGUCGGAGUUGUUUUUGGGUUCUUUCUAGGGGCGUCCUUUCCUACACUCUCUCUGACAAAGAUGAACCUUCCGGCUCCUAUUAUACCUUCAAUUGAUCUGACUUACAUUGAAGACAAAUAUUCUGGUCUUUCAACACAGGCCCUGUUGAAUGUUUGGUCUACUUUGAAAAGGAGAAAGGCUGGCCUGUCACUGGAUCAAACACUAAAUGACACAAAGGUUUGGUUACCGACAAAUCCACAAGGUGCGGAGAGAUUGCCCCCAGGAAUUGUAGUUUCUGAGACGGACUUCUAUCAACGUAGACUAUGGGGUCUGCCUGAGGAGGACUUGACUAGUAAACCCAAGUACCUUGUGACUUUUACAGUUGGCUAUGAUCAAAGAGCCAAUGUAGAUGCAUGCAUCAAGAAGUUUUCAGAUAACUUUACAAUUAUUCUUUUUCAUUACGAUGGUCGGACAAAUGAUUGGGAUGAGUUUGAGUGGUCAAAGCGAGCUAUCCAUAUCAGUGCCCGUAAACAAACUAAAUGGUGGUAUGCUAAAAGGUAUCUUCAUCCGAAUGUCGUGGCUGCAUAUGAUUACAUAUUUAUUUGGGAUGAAGACCUUGGGGUUGAACACUUUGAUGCAGAGAAAUACAUUGAAUUGGUGAAGAAGCAUGGAUUGGAGAUUUCGCAGCCAGGAUUAGAGCCUGACAAAGGUCUAACAUGGCAAAUGACAAAGAGGAGAGGUGAUAGUGAGGUCCACAAAGUGACUGAAGAAAAGCCUGGAUGGUGCCCUGAUCCUGUGUUGCCACCUUGUGCUGCGUUCAUCGAAAUCAUGGCACCUGUAUUUUCAAGAAAUGCAUGGCGCUGUGUUUGGCAUAUGAUUCAGAAUGACUUGGUGCAUGGAUGGGGCCUUGACUUUGCUUUACGGAAGUGUGUUGAGCCGGCUCAUGAGAAGAUCGGGGUCAUAGACUCUCAGUGGAUUGUGCAUCAAGGGAUUCCAUCACUUGGGAACCAGGGUCAAGCCAGGUUCGGAAAGGCACCAUGGGUGGGGGUGAAGGAGAGGUGCAGAAGAGAAUGGACAAUGUUCCAAGACCGCUUGGCUGUUGCUGAAAAAGACUAUUACGAGUCAUUAGGAUUUUCUGUCAAUAAUACAGCCCGUUAUCCCACGUUGAUGUAGAUUCUAAAGUCACUUCUGGUAGCUUUGCAAAACCCUUGAAAGAAUUCAUACGUAGUUAAAGCCAUGAAGCGAUCUAUGUAAGUGUACUAAAGCGUGCCUAGUUAAUGUAGCAUCAUUAGUCCUCAAGUGAAAGUGUUACAAGUUCGAAAACGCAGCAAGGUACUAGCCAAGUAGCUAUAGGGAUAAAUCAUUAGGAGAUACGACAUAUUAAAAAAUAUUGUACUUACUGUAAAACCGUUAUAUGAACGUUAGGAUACACGAUAUGUCCGAGGACGUUACAAUCUUGCAGAUCAGUGAUCACUUACCACGCUCACCCAGAACCCUAGUUCAUUAUGAAUCUAUGUUUUGUAUGCCAAACUACAUAUUAUGCUUUAGUAGAUGAUUAUUUUAGAAUUCGGUGAAAUAAGUUGUUUGGAUCGACUUUUGUUUGUAUCAAAUGGAUUUAGCUCAAUUUUAGUGAAUUAUGUUUCAAAUUGAUUUUGAAACAGGUUACUUUCGUAUUUUCUUUUUUCUAUUUAGAGGGCUUUCUUCUCUUAAUUUAUUUUCAAUUAAUUCCUUACUUGUACUUUUGUAUUUUCAUUUCUCUAUAAUUUUAAGUUUUUCACUCCCAAACACUUAAAACAAUAUGCUCUUACAAGUAGAUGUGGAGACUUGGGUUCCUUGUCAGUUUGGAUGAGCAAGUAGUGUCUUUUGCGUAUUUUGUUUGUUCAAUGGUUGUUAAUUAAUAAGCGAAAC